ACCUGCCGUUGAUACGCGUGAGAGAGAAGUCAGCAGACUACGUGCGGGUUGGCCCACGAUGGCCCAGAGAACUUUGCCGGCCGGACGCACAAAUGACCGGUGAGCGGAAGCAGCGCCAAGAUGCUGCCGUGGAAAAAGAACAAGUUCGAGCUGAUCGAGGAAGACAAGCUGUCCAAACAGAAGGGCUAUGCGGUGAGCCUCAACUACUCCGCGCUCACCUCCUUCGCCAAGUCCUGCCCGGAGAGCGCGCUCCAUCGGGUGGGCAGCAUGUUCAAGUCCAAGAGGAAAAAGGUGAGGAUCACCGGUGAGGAUCCCACCUACACGGUGCUGUACCUGGGCAACGCCACCACCAUCCAGUCCAAGGGGGACGGCUGUACCGACGUGGCGGUCAGCAAGAUCUGGGGCAAGAGCGAGCUGGGCAAGUGCGGAACCAAGAUGCGGCUCACCAUCAGCGCGCAGGGGAUCCGCAUGGUGCACGUGGACGACCGGGCCAGGAGACCGGGACACCUGUACCUGCUGCACCGGGUGACCUUCUGCGUGGCGGACCCGAGGCUGCCGCGAGUGUUCGCGUGGAUUUACCGGCACGAGAUGAAGCACAAGGCGGUGAUGUUGCGCUGCCACGCCGUGCUGGUGUCCAAGCCGGAGAAGGCCAAGGCCAUGGCGCUGCUGCUCUACCAGACCUCCGCCACCGCCCUGGCCGAGUUCAAGCGGCUCAAGCGGCGGGACGACGCGCGGCACCAGCAGCAGCAGCUGAUCGGGGAGCAGAGCAUCCCGCUGGUCCCGCUGCGGAAGCUCCUGAACGGACAGUGUCUAUACAAACCCCCGGUGGAGCGCAGCCGGAGCGCACCGAAGCUGGGCUCCAUCACCGAGGACCUGCUGGGCGAGGAGGAGGAGGAGAAGAAGGCCAUGCAUUUCGAGUGCGAGGACAUUCUGGAGCACCGCGGAGGCAGCGUAUCCAACGGCAAACACUUGUCUCAGAUCAUCAGUGACCUCGGGGAGAUGUGCAUCGGGAACGACGUGCAGACUCUGAAGGCGGACCUGAGAGUGACCAGACUCCUGUCUGGUGAGAGCUCAGGGAGCGAGUCCUCCAUAGAGAGCAACCAAGACCCCCCUCCUCUGAACUCACUUCAUAGCAACUUUGAGGAGGCCAAGGUGCCCGAAACUGCCUGAGCCAACAUGUUUGUGUCCAACUGAACUUGUGCCUCCGCUGAUCAAAAUAUUUUGGAAAAUGUGUGUGAGUGAAGGCUGGUUGAACUAAGAGAACCCUGCAGGACAUGCUGCUCUAAUUCCCCCUCUAUUAUUUAAGAGGAUUUGUGGCCGCCCCGAGCUUGUUUACUCUGCCGUAAAAAUAGCAUUUUUCUUCAGAGAAAUGUCCACAAAGAACUCUUUUCCAAGUGUUCCUGUAAUGAAAGGGGGAGUAAGGUUUGUUCAGAAGAAAACACAGGGAAGUUGUCCUGUCUGUCUACAUCAAGGAUGGUUCACUGUAAAUACAUGGAGGUGUGUAUGUUUCUUUGUGGGAGGACUGGCCCUGAAUACACAAUGUCAUGAGUUGAUGUUGUCAGAACAUACAUGUCUUAUCUUUGCUGUGCAAAGACCACACACUUAAUGUAUGAUGAUGUACAGGAAGAUGUUUUAAAAUUGUUAUUUUUAUGGAAGUGGUUGCUGAUGUGACCCUCACAUCACGAUCAAUAAAGAAGUGAAAAUCAUGUUCUCUGUGCUCUUACAUGUAGGUCAGAUUCUGGGCUGGAGUUAGGAACAUAACUCUUCUGACUUUUAUUCAUUGACUUGUUUCCUUGAUGGGGUCACAGGGUUAGGGUGAUGGGGUUUGUUCGAGGGACAUCUAGACAGACAACCACGCACAUCUAGAGAUAUUUACAGUCACCUGUCAGAUGCUUUUUGGACUGUGGGAAGAAACCAGAGUGCAAAGAGGUGUCCUCUAUGCAUUCGGCCAGAGGUGGAAUCAAACCUGUGACAUCCUGGCUGUAAAAUGGUGUCUAAAUGGUUUAAAUAUUACAUGUUACAGGACUGAAAAAAGAUGCUCACUAUCAUCGGAGAAACAACAUACUGGGGUUUCACUUUGAUGUUCUGAAUUCAGAACAGAACUUGAUGACAGCUGUGAAGAAUAAAGGUGGCAAAGAGGAUGA